AUGGCAGGGGUGAAUGUCACGUGUGCUGUUGCCCUUUCCCAGAACGUUUACAAUGUCGUCAAAGUGAUACAGAAGCUGUCUGAGGGUAUAAAAGGGAAGGAAAUCGGACAUGCUGGAUGGGAUCUAGAAAUGAUAUCCAUCAAGAAUUUUAAAGAUGAUGAUGAGGAGAAGGAGAAGGAGGGUGACGACGAUGUCGACUCCGACGAUGUCGACUCCGGCGAUGUCGACUCCGGCGAUGUCGACUCCGACGAUGUCGACUCCGACGAUGUCGACUCCGACGAUGUCGACUCCGACGAUGUCGACUCCGACGAUGUCGACUCCGGCGAUGUCGACUCCGGCGAUGUCGACUCCGACGAUGUCGACUCCGACGAUGUCGACUCCGGCGAUGUCGACUCCGGCGAUGUCGGCUCCGGCGAUGUCGGCUACGACGAUGUCGACUCCGGCGAUGUCGACUCCGGCGAUGUCGACUCCGGCGAUGUCGACUCCGGCGAUGUCGGCUACGACAAUGGCGACGACGACGAUGAGAACGGAAGCGGUGACGCGCUCGAUGAUGACGUUAUUUUGCAGCAAAAUAUCAAGGGAG